AUGGACGAGAAAUCUACGACGUUUGCAGUUGAAGGAGAAGGAUGCGAAGAAGAUGUUCGAAAGUGGUGCUACCAUGGAGGUGCAGGUCGACCUAAGAACUCGGGUGAACUUCCAUUGAAAGUAAAAUCAUAUAUUUCGUCUAAGGGAUGGGUUUUCUGGUAUGCCAUCAGAAACGGGAAAGAAGAACCGAGAUAUCAAUCGCCCCAUGGAGAAGUUUACAAUUCGUUGAGAAUGGCUUGCAAAAGUUAUAUCGAUCAAGGUUCGGCAGAGGGAAGGACGGGAAACGUGGAGCCCAAGCAAUCUAAAAAACGAAAGAGUUCGAGUAUGGAUGAUCAGCCAGUACUGGAAUCUGUUCAAUCUGAAUUGCCGAAAAGAGGGAAAACGUUGAAGAUACAAGAGGCUCCGGUGGUAAAAUAUAGUAAACAAGUGCGGAAGGGUCCAGUUUCUAGGCGUAACCCUCGAACUGUUCUGUCUCUGUUGAUAGAUAAUAAUGUUGUUCCGAUACUGGGAAAGGUGUAUUAUCGCAGUAAGACAGGGAAUCCGCUGAUGAAAGGUCGGAUCACUCGUGACGGGAUUCAAUGUGACUGUUGCUCGAAGGUUUUCGCUCUCACCUCCUUUGAAGAUCAUGCUGGAAGCACCAAUCACAGGCCAGCGGCUUACAUAAUCUUGGACGAUGGCACCGGCAGGUCACUUGCUGAUUGUCAAAGACAAGUUUGUGAUUCAAUGAAGAGCACAACAACCACUCCGAGAACUCCUUCUAUUGUAGAGAGCCCUAAAACCGUGAAGGUGGCCGACAAUUUGUUUCGAGACGAGCAUGAUGAAGUUUUCUCUGCUUGCUACAAUGGAGGAGAUUUAAUUUGCUGUGAUUACUGUCCUUCAACUUUCCAUAUGAAAUGCCUUGGCUUAAAGGAAGUCCCCAAUGACCCCUGGUUUUGCCCGUCUUGCUGCUGUGGAAUAUGCAGCAUCGGAUAUUCAAGGGACAAAAUUUUAUUUUCUUGUCAUCAAUGUGAGCUUAAAUUCCAUGUUGAUUGCUUGAAGUUGAAGAAAGCAAGCAGGACGAAUACGGAGGAAAACAUGGCAUUACUAUGUAGCCAGAACUGUGAAAAGAUCUUUUAUGGCCAACAAAAACUUACAGGGAAGCCAAUUCCAGUGGGGAACAAUCUGUCUUGGACAUUGCUGAAAUCCGAUAAUCGAGCUCAAGGGCAUGGCAUGAAGUCAUCUGCAGAGAAAGGGAAUCAGAGGAAGUUGAGAGCUGCAGUUGAAGCGAUGCAUGAGUGUUUUGAGCCAAGCGAAGCUGUUGGGUCGGGGAGAGAUUUAGUUGAAGACGUGAUAUUCAGCCGACCCUCUAAGCUGAAACAACUCAACUUCAGGGGAUUCUAUACAGUGAUUCUGGGGGAAAAUGAUGAUCUGGUUUCAGUGGCCACUCUGAGAGUACACGAUAACAAGGUGGCUGAAAUGCCCCUUGUUGCCACCAGGUUCAGACACCGCCGCCGCGGAAUGUGCCAAGUUUUGAUGGAUGAACUUGAAAAGAAUCUGGUGAAAUUAGGGGUGGAUAUGCUGGUUUUGCCUGCACUGCCUACCACAUUCGAGACGUGGACUAAUAACUUCGGGUUUUCCCGCAUGCCGUAUGUUGAAAGAGUAAAGCUUUUUCCGUAUGCUAUACUAGACUUCCAGGGCACCAUAAUUUGCCAAAAACUCUUGACAUAG